AUACUGGGUUGGUUACCGGUGACGCGCAGAUUCGAUUUAAAGAGCGAUUUAUCAAGGAUUCAAGCUGGACAAUAUGACAUGGAUCAUGGAGUGAAGGUUAAAAUGAUGAUGGAUGGGAUGAAUGCAGAGCUGUUGAAGAAUGGUGUUGGCCAGAAUGCCAGCUCUGAUGAGAAGCUUCAUGUCCUGUGGAAGCUCUACCUCCAGGCUGAAGCAGACAUCAAGGCCGGGUCACAAAGCAUGCAAUCACUGCACAAGAAACAAGCAGAAGAAAUGAAAGAAGUUGAAUUAUACGUUGAAAACAUGCGUAAGCUAUCAGAGGAAAGGGAGACUCUGACUCAAGAAUUUGAAGCAGAAAAUGAGGAACUAAAGGAGGAAAAUCAGAGACUAAAGAACAACAAGGAGAAAAGCAACCAAGAAAUCCAGCAAUUGUUGAGACAGGAGGGCUUUGAAGACCUAGCCAAGAGUACAGCCAGUGAGGCUAUAGCUUACUUUCUAGUGGAGAGGACCCGUCUCUCUGAUAACAUAGCCACAGAGAGAAGGAAAUCACUCACCAAUGGAUCGGCAAAAAAUCAGCUAGAACAGUUUCAGAAAGAUAGGAUUGGUAAACUGGAGAAAGAGAAGGAUCACCUGGAGCAGGAGCGUAGACAGCAGAUGCAGCGAGUGAAGGAGCUGGAGGUAGAACUAAAGAUGAGCAAGAACAGACUGGAGAAAGAAAAGGAAGUGCAUCACAAAGAGGUGGAAAGGGUCCACAAAAGGCUGGUGCGUUAA